AUGGCCGACGGCUUCUCAAAGGAAUUGGGCCUGAACCACCCGGCACAACAACAUGGUGCUACGGCAAAUGGACAUGUGCAAGGCACAUCUCAUGAACAUGGCGAGAAACAAUCAGACGCAACAGCCGACAAAGAACUCCAGCCCAGUGAAAAGAAAUGGGAAAGACCUCGGAUAUCAAGUGACGCCUAUGGACUGCAACGCACAACAUCAGGUGUCAACGUCGAACAGGCUGAAAGGGAUUUCGCAGAGCUAAGCAGAGAGCUGAGUGCAAUUAGCCGUCGAAUGUCCCGAACACAGUCCAGAGCCUCGGGUUUCAGAGCGAAGGACGUGGAGAAAGCUAUCAGCUCUUCCGAUGAGAAUUCUGACGAUGCCUUUGACCUGGAAACCGCGCUCCAUGGUGCGCGCGAGGCAGACAAUGCUGCUGGCAUUAAAUCAAAAUAUAUCGGCGUUAUUUGGGAUAACCUCACCGUGCGUGGCAUUGGCGGCGUCAAAAAUUUUGUCAAAGUGUUCCCCGACGCGUUCGUCGACUUUUUCAACGUGCCCGGGACCAUAAUGAGCAUCCUCGGUAUGGGCAAGAAAGGCAAGGAGUUCAAUAUUUUACAGGGCUUCCGUGGUCUGGCGAAACCGGGAGAAAUGGUCCUUGUCCUCGGUCGACCUGGCAGUGGCUGUACCACAUUCCUCAAAGUCCUAGCCAACCAACGGUAUGGAUAUACUGGAAUCGAAGGAGAAGUCCUUUAUGGCCCAUUCGAUGCUGCAACGUUCGAGAAACUCUACAGAGGCGAAGCAGUCUACAACCAGGAAGACGAUGUUCACCAUCCGACACUGACUGUGGGGCAGACCCUCGGCUUUGCGCUCGACACCAAGACACCGGGCAAACGUCCCCAAGGUCUUAGCAAGGCCGAGUUCAAAGACAGGGUGAUUCGACUUCUGCUCAAGAUGUUCAAUAUCGAGCAUACGAUUAACACCAUUGUUGGUAAUCCAUUCAUGCGCGGGGUUUCCGGUGGAGAGAGGAAGAGAGUCUCGAUUGCUGAAAUGAUGGUCACGCGGGCCACGGUGUGCUGCUGGGACAACAGCACAAGGGGCCUUGAUGCCUCGACAGCCUCCGACUACGCCAAAUCGCUUCGGAUCAUGACGAACAUCUAUAAAACCACCACUUUCGUGUCUUUAUACCAGGCCUCUGAGACCAUUUACAGUCAGUUCGACAAAGUGAUGGUCAUUGAUCAGGGUCGUCAGGUCUUCUUCGGCCCUGCGAAGGAAGCGAGAGCAUAUUUCGAGGGACUGGGCUUCCUGGAAAAGCCACGUCAGACCACACCAGACUAUCUCACUGGAUGUACUGACGAGUUCGAGCGAGAAUACAAGCCAGGCAGAUCCCCCCAAAAUGCGCCUUCAUCACCGGAUUCUUUGGUGGAAGCUUUCAACACGUCUGCAUAUGCGGAGAAGCUUGCCACCGAAAUGGAAGAAUAUCGACAAUCGAUUCAACAGGAGAAACAGAUCUACGACGACUUUGUGGCUGCGCAUCGAGAAGCCAAGCGGAAACACACGCCCAAGAAGUCGGUGUAUUCAGUGCCAUUCCAUCUCCAAAUCUGGGCUCUGAUGCAGCGGCAAUUCUUGAUCAAGUGGCAAGACAAGUUCUCCUUGGUCGUGUCUUGGAUUACCUCCAUCACCAUUGCGAUCAUCACCGGUACUGUCUGGCUGAACCAACCCCAAACCUCCGCAGGCGCCUUCACCCGUGGCGGUGUUCUUUUCAUCGCGCUGCUCUUUAAUGCAUUCCAAGCCUUUUCGGAACUGGCGUCUACUAUGCUCGGGCGACCGAUAGUCAACAAACAUCGUGCGUACACCUUCCAUCGACCCAGCGCUCUGUGGCUGGCACAAAUCCUCGUCGAUUUGGCCUUUGCAUCGGUACAAAUAUUCGUGUUCAGUGUCAUCGUGUACUUUAUGACCGGGUUAGUGCGGACUCCAGGGGCAUUUUUCAUUUUCGUGCUCGUCAUCAUCACUGGCUAUCUGUCCAUGACAUUAUUCUUCCGCACCAUAGGCUGUUUAUGCCCAGACUUCGACUAUGCGAUCAAGUUCGCCGCGGUCAUUAUCACCCUGUUCGUCAUUACUUCGGGCUAUAUCAUCCAAUACCAGAGCCAGCAAGUGUGGUUAAGAUGGAUAUUCUAUGUCAAUGCAUUGGGCUUGGGCUUCGCGGCCAUGAUGAUGAAUGAAUUCAAGAGAUUGACCAUGCGGUGCACCAAUGAGUCUUUGGUACCGUCGGGGCCGGGUUACGGCAAUAUCGAAAACCAAGUCUGCACUCUGCCGGGUUCCCGAGCAGGGUCGAUCGAAAUAUCAGGAACAGACUAUGUCAAGACGGGCUUCUCAUACGAUCCUUCCGAUCUCUGGCGGAACUUUGGCAUCAUCGUCGUGCUGAUUGGUUUCUUCUUGUUCACAAACGUCUUGCUUGGAGAGACCAUAAAAUAUGGUGCCGGUGGCCGCACGGUUACUUUCUUCGCCAAGGAAAACAAGGAGAGGAAAGCGUUGAAUGAGAAGCUACAGGAGCGUAAGCGGCGGCGACAGAUGAAGCAGGAUGCUGGGGACAGCUCGGAGCUUAACAUCACUUCGAAAGCCGUCCUGACUUGGGAGCGGCUGACAUACGACGUACCAACGCCCUCUGGACAGUUGCGUCUGCUGAAAGAUAUCUUUGGCUACGUUCGUCCUGGGCAAUUGACCGCUUUAAUGGGCGCUAGCGGAGCCGGCAAGACGACUCUGCUUGAUGUGCUGGCGGCCAGAAAAAACAUCGGCGUCAUUGGCGGAGACAUUCUGGUCGAUGGGGUGAAGCCAGGCGUCGGGUUCCAGCGAGGGACCUCAUAUGCUGAGCAGCUUGAUGUCCACGAAUCGACCCAAACAGUACGAGAAGCACUCCGCUUCAGCGCUGACCUGCGGCAACCUUACGAAGUGGCACGGGAGCAAAAGUAUGCCUAUGUUGAAGAAGUCCUCUGCCUGUUGGAGCUCGAGAAUCUGGCGGACGCGAUCAUCGGCAGUCCCGAAAGCGGUCUUUCAGUGGAAGAACGCAAGCGAGUAACGAUUGGUGUCGAACUGGCAGCAAAGCCUCAGCUCCUACUAUUCCUCGACGAACCCACGUCCGGUCUUGAUUCGCAAUCCGCUUUCAACAUUGUUCGAUUCCUUCGCAAGCUCGCUGCUGCGGGACAGGCCAUCCUCUGCACGAUCCAUCAACCAAAUAGCGCCCUAUUCGAGAAUUUUGACCGACUUCUACUGCUCCAAAAGGGUGGCGAGACGGUCUAUUUCGGGGACAUUGGAAAGGAUGCACAUGUGCUCCUGGGAUACUUCCACAAGCAUGGCGCAGAUUGUCCGCCAGACGCGAACCCGGCGGAAUGGAUGCUCGACGCCAUUGGAGCGGGUAUCGCUCCGCGCAUUGGUGACCGGGACUGGGGCGAGAUCUGGCGCGAAAGUGACGAACUUGCCACCACGAAAGCCGAAAUCACUGAAAUGAAAGCGACACGACAGCGCGAAGUCGCGGGUGCACCCCAACUCGACGAACGCGAAUAUGCUUCCCCACUGUGGCAUCAGAUCAAAGUCGUCUCGAAACGAACGCAUCUCGCCUUCUGGCGGUCGCCCAACUACGGCUUCACCCGCCUGUUCAACCACGUCGCCAUUGCGUUACUCUCUGGCCUGGCCUUCCUCCAACUCGACGACAGCCGCUCAAGCCUUCAAUACCGUGUCUUCGUGAUCUUCCAAGUCACCAUCAUCCCGGCACUGAUCCUGGCCCAAGUGGAACCCAUGUACGACCUCUCCCGCCUGAUCUUCUACCGUGAGUCCGCGGCAAAGGCCUACUCCCAGUUCCCCUUUGCCUUUGCCAUGGUCUGCGCCGAAAUGCCGUACAGCCUGCUCUGCACGCUCGGCUUCUUCAUCCCGAUCUACUACCUCCCCGGCUUCCAGAACGAGUCUUCCCGCGCCGGAUACCAAUUCUUCAUGAUCCUCAUCACGGAACUCUUCUCCGUGACCAUGGGCCAGAUGAUCGCGGCCAUAACGCCCUCGAGCUUCAUUUCGAGCCUGAUCAACCCCUUCGUGGUCAUCACGUUCGCGCUCUUCUGCGGCGUGACGAUCCCGAAGCCGCAGAUCCCGGGCUUCUGGCGCGCAUGGCUGUAUCAACUCGACCCGUUCACGCGCCUCGUCUCGGGCAUGGUCACCACGGAACUCCACGGUCUGCCUGUCGUGUGCAAGUCCGCGGAGCUGAACUCCUUCCCGGCUCCCAACGGCACGGAUUGCGGCGAGUACAUGCGCGAUUUCUUCGAUGGGGGCGGACCCGGGUACUUGGUCAGCAAUGUGAGUGAUGUGUGUCGGUAUUGCGCGUAUAAAAUCGGGGAUCAAUUCUACGAGCCCCUGCAGCUGCAUUUUGGGGAUCGGUGGCGGGAUCUGGGCAUCUUCUCGGCUUUUAUUGCGAGUAAUUUGAUUUUGUUGUUUUUGGCGAGUCGGUAUUUGAAUUUCAACAGGCGGUAG